AUGACUGUCUAUUUACAAUUUAGUGAUAAUGAUAAUAGUGAUGCCAAUAAUAAUAAUAGCUAUAGUAAUGAAAAUAAUGGUAAUAAAAAUAAUGAUAAUAAAAAUGAUAGCAAUAAAAAUGAUGAUAAUAAAGAUGAUAGUAGUGACAAUAAUAAUGGUAAUGGUAAUGACCAAGAAAAUUAUGAUGAAGACUCAUAUUAUAAUGAUGAGAUGGUUAAAUAUAUUAAUUUGUAG